AUUGCUGACGCUCUGUUCCAGCAGUGCGCCUGCGCCGGGGAGGAUGAUUGGCGUUUCUGCGGGCUAUUGACUUUGCUCGGGCACGCCCACACGGCGAGAGGGGCCGGCCUGUCGCUAUGGUGACGCGACUGGUCCAGCUAAUGGGAUAGCGGGAAAGUAUGGUGGCCGCCUACGUAGGCAUGAAGUAAGAUUCGGAUUUGUGAUGUGGGCUUCCUGUUGUGGUCCCAAGUCCCGCUCCGGUCCCCAAAGUGCCCCCCUAAAAAAACAAAUACCUGGAGGAGCCGGCCAAUAAAUCUGCUUCCCUUCAACUUCCUCCAGUAGGGUGACAACGGAUUUAUAAAGCAGUGAAAUUGCUUCAGGGUUGUCACCCAGAACAUCAAAGGUGUGUAUGAGCGGAGGAGGGGAUCGCUGUCAUCACCGCUGAUAAUAACCUUCCUCCGCGCCGCGCCAACGCCGUUUGGUACCACGAGCUCCACCCACACCGGCCUUGUGACCCGCAGGCCCCCCAGCGCUGAGCCCAUCGCCUGCGUAUCCGGGACGAUUGCUUGUUCUUUCUACACGUUGCCUUCUAUGAACCCGCAGAUCUCCGGCUCUGUUUGAAGCUGAAGACAACAUGCCAAGUUGUUUAGUUCCCGGAUGUACAUUUUCCUGGAGAACCAGAACUGCGGAAACCAUACUUCAUGUUUUUCCUAGGAAAUGGGAUACUUUACAGAUUUGGUUGGAAAAAAUCUUUGUAGCGGACGAGAUGAUGGAAGAUCUCAUGACAAAAAUUCACAGUUCCAGAAAGGGGGCUUAUCGGAUCUGCUCCAGUCAUUUCAAGGACGAUGACUACGAGGUACGGGGCCCUAAUAAGGUUCUGAAAAAAAGUGCAGUGCCGUCUAUGAAUUUAAAACCACCGGUAGAACUUCACGUAGACCAUCUUUACAGUAAAAGACCGGAUGAGGAAAUGCAGCCUGCACCCUCAGAGUCUUACUCGCAGCAACCUGUGCCUUUGGAGCCUUCCUCACAGGAGCCUGUGCCCUCAGAGUCCCCCUUGCUGGACACAGAACAGCAUCAAGAUCAAAGCUUGCUUUCUGUUUCAUUGACAGAGCCAGAAGAGAUCAUUACUGACGGUGAGAAUCUGAACAUCGAAUUCAUGUCUGUUGAGGAGUAUCAAAUGGAGCAAAUGGUUGAAUCCUUGAGUGAGUACGUGGAAACCAGCGCUACAAACCUCGAGCCUGUAACGCAGAAACAAAAAAGAAAGUAUACACCAAGAGUUCGUCGAACGGUAGGCAUGGUCACCAAGCACUGUCCCACUCACGUGCACAAAAGCACUCAGUAUGAUAAAUUUGCUGGGAAGAAAAGUAAAAUUGUGCAAGUAGAACGCCGGAGACCACACAUGUCUAUAGGGGUGCAAUGCAACCUGGCAAACCUACCGUCUCUAAGCAGAUUCGAAGUCAAGGCCGGAGCUACAGAAAUCGAGGAGGACCAGAAAUACAUCAAUUUUGUCUUGCAGUCGACUUUUCUGCCAGACCUACCAAGCGAUACCAGAUCGGUGGAGGAAUUUAUAACGAGCCCACUUUCUUCAACUCGGAUCCAACCCCCUCCACCUAGUCCAAAAGGUAGACUGCCGGAAGAUAACUCCCGUUCUUUGAAACAAUCCGAGUCUAAAAAAGUUUCAAUUUCAAAACCACGGAGUCGUAUUGAAAACUAUAGAUUGCCCGUUAAAGAGGAUCAAAAGGUUCAAAAAGAACUUUCAGAAGAUGAGAUGUUUCGAGAUCCUGAGGACCCCGAUAUAUCUUUUCUUCCAGUUCAAGAUUCAGCCGAGCCCAUUUCUUACGCCCAUGAAAAUAAAUAUCUGGUUUUCGGUUCAUGUUUAGAUGAGCUUCUUUGGAAUUGCAGAUGUAAAGCAAGCAGCACCUGCACUGGAAAAGUCAGAAGAAUCAAAAAAUAUCUGGUCGGUUCUGCACUUGUGGUGACGGGAGUCUGUUCAAAGGAUCACAAGUUUCGCAUGUGGGCAAGUCAACCUUUUGUUGGCCGAAUGCCUGUAGGAAAUCUAUUGCUUUCUGGUGCUAUCGUUUGCAGCGGCUCUCAUUUUCAAAAAAUUAAGGAUUUUUUCUCUCUUCUGUGCAUGCCAGAUAUUUCUCAAUCCACACACAAUAAGAACCAGCAAAAGUAUGUCUUCCCAACAAUCGAUCACCACUGGAAAAACGAUCGCGACUCCGUGUUAAAAUCUUUGGGUAAGAAACCCGUUGCACUGGCUGGCGACGACCAGCGUGACCCUCCAGGAAUGGCUAAAAAAUCUUCUUCUUACAUCUUCAUGGAGAUCAACACUCAGAAGAUUGUCGAUUUCCAAGUCGAGGAACUCCAGCCAGGAGAAUCGCCAGACAUGCUCGAGCCCAACGCGUUUCAUAUAGCGCUAGAACGUCUCUUGAACGACAAACUAAAAGUAAAAGUCGUUACAACUGACAGACAUUCUGGCAUUAAAAAGUUUCUGAGAAGUCAGUACUGCAAUAUCCAGCACAAAUAUGAUUUAUGGCACUUGGCAAAAUCGGUUGAGCGCAAACUACAAGCUGCCAGUAAAGAAGAAAACUGUGCCCAAUUGUCCGCCUGGGUUGUCCCAGCCAAGAACCACCUUUUGUGGUCUGCGAGUACAUGUGAUCAAGACCCCCAACUUUUGAAAGAAAAGUGGCUUUCGAUUGCUUGCCAUGCUACCAAUAUUCAUCAGUGGCAUUCUGCGUCGCAGUACCACUCCUGUCACCAUUCCACCAUUUGGCCAGAAGGGGCGAACAACUAUGACUGGUUACAGGCUGGGUCAGCAGCUCAUUGUAAGUUGAAGGAGAUCGUACAAGACCAAAGACUCCUCAGAGACUUGGAGCAGUUGCCGCAUUUUUGCCACACCGGCGGCCUUGAAGUCUUCCAUGCCCUGGCCCACAAAUAUCGUUCAAAAACACACAACCUUUUUAUUGACGAUAUGGUGGCGCAAUCGCAGCUCGCCAUCUUGGAUCACAACCAUAACAUCAGUCGCAUGCAAGCGGUAAUUAAAAGACUAUAUGCUUAUAGCGACGUGGAGGGAGUUUUACAUUAUCGCCAAUUUUACAGUAAUGGCAAAAAACAAUGGACAGUGUCAAAGCUAUAUGAACCUACCAAUCGGUUAUUUCUGUUUGAUAUUUUGUCAGACACCGUGGCCUUUGCAUUUGGGGAAAAAAACUUUCCCUGGCAAUCGAGAAGGAGGGACACACAAUAAAAAAAAUAUAUAUAAUUAUUUAUAUAAAUACAGUAAGGGGGGGAAAAAGUAUUUGAUCCUCUGCU